ACCGUGCAAUAAUUGAAAUUAAUAAGAAAGGUUGAGUCCAGUUUCAAGUACAUACAUGGAAGCUCUGUUGUGCAAGAGAUUGGGUGAUCCAACAUCCUCAUCUGAGCCACCAAUUGAGUUAACCCAGAACCAUCCGAUCCCGAAGUUGGACUCACCCACAGCAGUAAGAAUCAAAAUUAAAGCCACCAGCUUGACCUUCGCUACUUACCUUAAGAUACUAGGCAAAUACCAGGAGAAGCAUCCCUUGCCUUUCAUCCCAGGCUCCGAUUAUGCCGGCACUGUCGAUGCCGUUGGCCCUUCCGUUACUAAAUUUAAGGUUGGUGAUUAUGUUUGCGAUGUUUCCCCCAUAGGCUCCUUCGCUUCCUUCAUCGUCCAAGACCAGUCCCGACUGUUUGAAGUGCCCAAAGGAUGUGAUCUGGUGGCAGCUGCUGGUCUUCCUGUUGCCUUUGGGACCUCGCAUUUAGCCCUUGUUCAUAGGGCUAACUUGACUUCUUCUCAGGUAUUGCUGGUUCUUGGUGCCGCUGGAGGCGUUGGCCUUGCUGCUGUUCAAAUCGGCAAGACUAGUGGCGCGGUUGUCAUUGCUGUUGCAAGGGGAGAUGAAAAGGUUCAGCUUUUAAAGUCCUUGGGUGUCGAUCAUGUGGUAGACUUGAUGAAUCAAGAUGUAACCGUGAGUAUAAAGGAGUUCCUCAAGUCAAGGAACCUCAAAGGGGUUGAUGUUCUCUAUGAUCCUGUUGGUGGCAACCUUGCUAAAGAAACUAGGAAGCUCUUGAAUUGGGGUGCUCAGAUUCUUGUCAUUGGAUUCAUCCCAGCUAAUAUCAUUCUUGUUAAGAAUUGGACAGUUCAUGGGUUCUAUUGGGGUAGCUAUAGAAUACAUCAACCGGCUGUGCUCGAGGAUUCAGUCCGGGAGUUACUCUCAUGGAUGGAAAAGGGCUUGAUUACUGUUCACAUUUCUCAUACUUACAGCCUAUCCAAGGCAACCUUGCAUUCUCUGCAAUUAAAGAUAGAAAAGCAAUUGGGAAAGUUAUGAUUGUAUUUGAUGAUUUGGGAACUGUAAGAUCUAAGCUUUAAUGUUUAUAAUCCUUUAUAGAUCUGUUUGGUACAAAAGAAAAUGUAAGUUCAUAUGACAUUAGAAGAAGAAAAAGAACUUGAAAAAUUGCGUAUACCGUAUGUUCUUGUUCAGUAUAUCUAACCUCUCCAUAAAUGCUGUUAAAUAGUGCUUGAAUGAAAAUAGGAGGGAAAACAAGCCCCCCAAAUGACCACACUCCUAGCUGCUGGGAAGGGUGAAGCCCCCACAAGAUUCAAGUUUAACCCAAACUUAGACCACAAAAAUUAUUAUUCCGAAGCUUAGUCUUCAUCCUAUAAAAAAAUGGCUGGAGUUCGGCAUCAAGUGAAGCUCAUGGUUGCAAGGGGAUGGCGGUCAGUUGUUCCACAGCCAAGGAAUUGACCACCACCAUAACAAUAAUCAAGAACUAAGGCUUAAAACCCCGAGGACUCAACCACUCAAGAUCUUUGCUUGGAGAUCCGAGUGAUGGUAGGGUGGGUCACUAGCUAACCUCCAGUGCAGCAAUGGAGAAACCAACAACAGGUCGCCGGAGGGCCUUUCCAACCAAUAGAGCGAGUGAAAUAGAGGUGUUUGAGGUAACAAAAGUGUCAAAAUAUCAAAAAUUUGAGCAACAGAGGAACAGAGCCCUUUCCGGAAGAAUUGACUAAUGCCGGCAUCGAUGCUCUCCACCUUGAGAUUGUAAAACAAGAUAGAAGUAUAGGGACUUCCUAGAGAGAAAGAAGAAUACUUUUUUAAGGAAAGAAAUUAUAUUCAAUCCUUAAACAA